AUGAACAACGCAUUACAUGAAGCAGCGAUUAGAGCAGAGGAACUCAGGAUGACACGAUCAAGAUCACUAGCAACAGGUCAGGCGCCAGGCCCCCCCCUACCAUUGCCAAAGCAGAAUAGCAGUUGGGCAGGUAACAUCAACCACGUCGACCCAGCCCUUGGAGGACCAGACCCCGACAUCGAUGGGAUGGACAUCAUCGCAGAAGAAGACGAAGAAGCAAGUGUCGUCGAUCUGCAACACCUAGUAGACGGACCACUUAUCCCCUCUGAUGCAGACGAUGUGUCGUGGCAAGCUCCGCCAGAGAAGGGGAAAGGCCGUGCAAAUAGCAGCGCACCAUCAUCAGAGGACUCCGCCUCAAGAGAUCCUAACUCUCGGGGAGAAGACUUACCAGCACCGCUCCAGUACCUCCCCUCCACGAUCUUGGAUGAGCACAAGAUAACUCCAGGAACCCAUGAUGGGAUUGGACCUUGUGAUGACCCCCAGGAGGCCCUCUGUGAUCUCUUAGGAGGGAGGGCGGGGCGAGUGGCCGUGUGUCCAAGGGAACACGAUGAUACGCUCCAGGAGCCCUGCGGUGGGGGAGCGUCGAAAUCAGCAAUGAAACAGACCACAAACCACCGAGAAGGCAAAUAUGCUGAAGGCCAAGCUUUGCUUGAACACCUGAUGGCAUUGGCCCACGGAACAACAAGCCAGAGCCAUACACAGGCAACUGGACCAGUCGCUAGUGGUAGUAAUCAACCUAUCGCAAGCGGGAGUGGGAUACCGCGACCCCGACCACGGCAGUUUAUCCAAGAGGACCCGUCUUGGAGCACAGACGACCUAAGCGACAUGCCCCUGGCCAAGCGUGCAAGGCAAGCAGCGAAUCUUCCGGCGACCAACCCAACGACGCAACAGCCAUUGGCGACACAGGAAGCAUCAGUACCCGAGUAUCACCACCAAACCCAUCACACUCACCCCUCCAACUCACACAUUCGUGAUCCAGUCGAACCCCCUAGUCAACAAGCAGGUAGCCCCCCUUCCGACACGACCAACAACGAUCAAGACCUGACGGAAGAAGCCCAGGUGAAACUCCUGAUGGCGUCCAAACGAGGUCGACUGGUACUGAAGAACGGCGAUGUAGUAGAGAACAGUCGAUACUUGGUGGCUGAUCCUAGCGACAAAAUGGAAAAAGGGUUGACCCCCCUGUCACCUGUGCUCACUCACUGGCUCCAAACUUUCAAGUCGUAUAUCCCACUCACCGUAUUUAACCGAAUUUUUCUACUCGACGACCAACAGGAGUGGAGUCGCCGUAAGGCACCAACAGAGGCCAAGAUAGACGACGGGGCAGCCUCCCUGCGCGUGUACGGAGGCGCACCACCUCCAGAAGAACUGACAAUGCAGUUUGAGGAGUGGAUAGACGGUAUGGGAUUGUUCAUCAAGUAUGUGGUGGCUGAGGGUUGGACGACUUUGGCCGAGCGAUUCAAAGGCCACAGGAACGUGGUAAUGGAGCUGAGAGAGGCGUACGGUUGGAUGAUCGCAUUAAGAUACUGUCGAAGGAUCAGGCAGGGGGUGAUGAGAGAAACGAUCGAUAACAAAAUCAAGAAUUUCAGCAGCCUUCAGUCUUGA